GCAAUCUCUAACCUCCAAAUAAUUUAAAUAAAAAUCCCAGGGUAAUUAUCUCUGGUCUGAUUUCUCACCAUAUUUUUAUAAAAAAACACCCUUUAACCGAAUUUAAUAAUGUCCGGAGAGGUAGCCAAUAACGUACAGGACUUAAGCAUUCAAGAAAACCAUAUAAAAAAGUCGAUUCAUAAGGAGGAUGAUGAUCAUGUAGACCCUUGGAAUGUGGUGAGCAAAUCAGAUACUGGGGUGGAUUAUGAUAAAUUAAUAUUAAAGUUUGGAAGCUCAAAAAUUGAUGAUGAACUCCUUGCAAGAUUUGAGAAAGUCACUGGCAAACCAGUACAUCAUUUGCUUAGAAGAGGUUUCUUUUUUUCUCACAGAGACAUGCAUUCCAUUUUGACCAGAUACGAACAAGGUAAACCAUUCUAUCUCUACACAGGUAGAGGACCAUCAUCCUCUUCAAUGCAUUUAGGGCAUUUAAUCCCUUUCACUCUGUGCAAGUGGUUGCAAGACGUUUUUAAUUGCCCCCUAGUGAUCCAGUUGACAGAUGAUGAAAAAACCCUAUGGAAAGAAUUAACAGUAGAGGAAGCUUAUAAAAUGGGCCUUGAAAAUGCCAAAGAUAUUAUUGCAUGUGGGUUUGAUGUAAACAAGACAUUUAUUUUUUCAGAUUUUACUUAUAUUGGGCAGAGACCUGAGUUUUACAGAAACAUGAUAAGAAUCCAAAAGUGUGUAACUUUCAAUCAGGUGAAGGGUAUUUUUGGAUUUGAUGAUAGUACUGUAAUCGGAAAAAUUGCUUUCCCGGCAGUUCAAGCUACACCUGCCUUGUCCACCUCUUUUCCAGACACCUUUGGCACCAAAAAAAUUCCAUGUCUCAUUCCGUGUGCCAUUGACCAAGAUCCUUAUUUUAGGAUGACCAGAGAUGUGUGUCCUAGGCUAGGUUUUGACAAACCAGCUCUUCUGCACUCAAAGUUCUUCCCAGCUUUGCAAGGAGCCAAAACCAAGAUGUCAGCCUCAGAGGCUAAUAGCACAAUCUUUAUGAGUGAUACACCUAAGCAGCUCAAGAAUAAAAUUAAUAAACAUGCCUUUUCCGGAGGGCAAACCACAGUUGAGGAACAUAGAGAGCUUGGGGGCAAUUGUGACUUGGAUAUAUCUUUUCAGUAUUUAAGAUUUUUCCUAGAAGAUGAUGAAAAACUAGAGGAAAUUAGACGCAAUUACACAAGCGGACAACUCCUAACCGGGGAGCUAAAAAAGAUCCUUAUAGAUAUCCUCACUCCGGUUCUCACGAGUCAUCAGGAGAUCCGGUCGAAGAUAACAGAAGAAACCUUACAAACUUUUAUGACACCCAGGAAGCUUUGUUGAUGACAGCUUUACUUUAUUAAAAAACCAAUUACUCUGAUUUCUUCUUUUUUAUUAUUUUGGCAGUACAUCAGUAUUAGAGCCUAUUUCUAAACGCGCCCUUAAGUAUAAAACUGUUGUUUCGCAUUUUUUCUCACACGUAAAACUUUUAAAAGUUCCUAGGUUAAGUACACCUUUCACAAAAUUAUUUAUUUAUUUAUUAAAAAUUACAAUUUGCAUUUGUAUGCUGGUUAUCAUUUUGUACUGAAUCAUUGUUAUAUUAAAAAUGUAUAUUAUGCGUAA